GGCAACCCAGAAAGUAACAAUUGAAUCGUCAUAUAUGAUGUUGCACCAAUAUUUAAUUGAUUUUUGUGACCUUUAUUUCGAAAGUCGUUAUCAUGCACACCAUGCACACAUGUAGUGUAAAAUUACAGUAGUGGUAUGGCAGAAGCUCCGCUUCACGUUGUUGUUGCAUCCCUGGAAGACGCCGAAAAACGGAUAAAUGAAUUCGAAGUUGAAACAGUAACUAGUUUCACUGUUUUCCGUCGUAAUAAGGGAUUCAGAGAGGUCUUCACAGACUUAGGUAAACACAGAGUGAAGUGGGAGGAUGUGAGUCGUGGGGAAGGACCAAAAAUUCAGUAUAAUGGAACCCCAUUCAUAAUAUUAGGUUGGGAUGUAAGAGAGUGCCAGUUUGGACCUGACAGAAAUGUGACGAAAAAGCUAAAGUAUCAGUUGGAAAAGACCGUGGAAGGAAAAAAAGACCAUUCCUACAUACAAAAAGGCAGGACGUUGGUUCAAAACACAAAGAAGCAGGAUUGUCCUGCAAGAAUUCACUUAAAAAGAAUAUGUGUUUUUCCAGAAUAUAAGAUCAAUGGCCCAGACUCCAUCUGGAAAAGAAAAGACCAGUCGCGAAGACUGAAAACUGAUCUUGAGAAUAAAAAAGAUCCAGUGACAUGGGAAGAGGAGAUCCAUAUUCUUUUUCCCUCUCUGGAUGAUCAUAGGAACCAUGUUACUGGACAACUUGCAGGGAUUUGUCAGCCUAUUGACAAAGUAAUUAAAAAGAAAAUUCAAUGUCUAAUGGAUGAGGGUGUCACCAAAGUAGCUGAAAUGAAGCGUCACAUUAAGAGCUUCAGUAAAAAAGAUCUUGGAAAUACAUCUACCCAGAAUAGACGCUUCUAUCCAUUAGAUAAAGACAUUAGAAAUGUGAUGGAUUCCUAUAAAAAUCAAACAAGAUUUUCAAAGGAUGAUAAAGAAAAUCUUGAGUUGUUGUUAGAAGAAUAUAAGUCUGUGAAUGACAAAGACAGUUUCUACCUUGAUAUCUCUGAAACUGAAGAUUUCCUAUUUGUUGGCCAAACAGAAUGGCAAAAAAGAUUACUCAAUAUGUAUGGUCAAGAAAUCUGUUUGUUGGAUGCAACCUAUAAAACAACAAAAUAUGACCUGCCAGCAUUCUUUGUGUGUGUUAACACCAAUGUUGGUUACACCAUUGUUGGCUGCUUCAUUACUGCAAAUGAAACAAAGAAUUCAAUAAUGAGAGGUCUGCAGUAUUUUAAGGACUGGAAUGUAAAUUGGCAUCCCAAAUAUUUUAUGACUGAUUUCGAUACAUCUGAAAUUAGUGCUAUAGAGGAAACUUUUGAAGGUAAAAAGAUGGUGUAUAUUCAGUACAAUGCAAGAAGCUUGGAUUCUUGUAAAGCCUACAUCACCAGCAUUCCAAGUUUUUUGAAAAAUAGACCAAGAAUGCUUGUAGGACACUGUGUGAAAAGAAUGCCUCCUCAAGUACUGGUGAUACCAGGGGAAAACAUAAGAGAGAGGUCAUCUGGAAACUUUCAGGUGAAGAGUGUGGAUUCUGGAAGUGUGUAUGAUAUUAAUCUAGAAACACCAUGUCCAUCCUGCACUUGUUAUGACUGGCAGAAAUAUCACCUGCCAUGCAAGCACAUGCUUGCAGUAUUUCACAAUUAUCCGAGCUGGGACUGGGACUUUUUACCAGCUGAGUACCGGGAUGCCCCCCACUUUAAUCUUGACUUUGAAAUUUUGGAGUCCAUUCCGAAUUUUGAGUCAAAAAUUAAACAAUCAUGUCCAGUAGAAACAUCUCCAGAAAUUCCAGUACAUGUAUCUCCAGAUGAAAGACCCAACAGUUGCACAGAUGCAGAAGAAAGAGAAAGCCGGUUAACAGAUGCCCCAUCAAACACCAAAGACUGGCUUCAGUGCAGAGAGCUGGUUAAACAAAUUCAAGGCAGCAUAAUGAAUGUUUGUGGACUCAAUAUCAGCAACAUUGUUCAACAACUGAAACAAGUUGCUAAUGUAUUAAAGGAAAUUGAGCCAAAGGAUGAUGACCUUCCUGUAAUAAUGACACCAAAACGAAAAAGGAUCAGAAACAUGGAUGAUGUCUCACAUAAGAGAAGAAAAGUUUCAAAUUUGCCAAGGCCCAAAAAAAUAAAAUCAAGGAAGCAGAAAGCAAAGACAACAAACAUAUCGCUAAAAGAUGUCUGUACCCCAUCUGAAACUGAUGUCCAUAUGUCUGAAGAAUAUCAAGAUUUAACUACAACGGCAAAAGAUGAAAUACAGCUUCAAAAAGAAGUGAACAAAAUCUGGGAUCAGGCUGAAAGAACAGGUUAUGUCAUGGCAAGGUGUGGUGAUACUAACCUAACUGAUGAGGACAUCAUCUCAUUGAAGGGGAAUAACUGGUUGACUGACCAAGUCAUUGACGCAUGUUUGGGGGCCAUUGCCGAGGCAGAAACAGACAAGGGAAACAAAGUCUAUAAAAUGGUCACUUCAACAAUGACAUCUAUAUUGGAUGGACAUUGUCUUCAAAAGAUGCAUUUAAGAGAUGUUCAGUUACAUGGCUAUCAAGUAAUAAUUGGGGCUUAUUUCCAAGAGAUGGGACAUUGGGACCUUGUGGUAAUAGAGCCAAUGACAAGAACUAUAUUCUUCUAUAAUCCUCUUGGUGAGACCCUUCCACAGAAGAUGCACAUACAAGAAAAUUGGAGCCAUUUCUUCAACAGAAGAAUAAGUCUUGGGCUGGAGGUAGGCAAGUCAGGGGAGAAAUGGACUCUUAAAACUGUUCCUCACACAAAACAGCUGGAUGGGCAUAAUUGUGGUGUAUAUAUAAUUCUGUUUUGUGAAAGAUAUUUUACAAAAGAGAGUAUUUCAAACAUUACUAGUGAAGAACUGAGGAAUACCAGGGUGAGGCUUGCUAAUAAGCUGUUGAUGUACCAAGUAUACAUCAAAGACAAAUGUCCAGCAUGUGGAUUUCAAAUGAAACAAAGGCAAAAUAAGAUAACUUGUAGACAGUGUGACAGGAAAUUUCACAAGUUGCCACAUUGUGUUGGAGAAUCUCUUCAAGGGGAUGGUUUCGAGCAUUUUACCUGCAGGCAAUGUCUUGCCUGUGUGAGAGAGACAGUGUCAGAAGAUAGUGUUACCAUGAAGGUUCCUCAAGCAAAAAAUGUAAACCAGAUGCAUAGCACAGAUAUUCAAGAAAACAGAAAAACAUUUGAUAUACUCCAAAUUUUCAAGGACGCUGUGUUUAAAUCAGAUUUCUCUGAGAAAGACUGUGAAGAUUUGAUGGACGCAAUGCAACAUUGUGGCUGGAAUAGCAUCACAAGGGCAGCAGAGGAAGUGGGUGCUAAAAUUCCAGCAUUACCUAAUAAUGUCCAAACCAAAUUUCAUGGAUACAAAUGUUUGGGUGACUUUGGUGAUGGAUAUAUAAGUCUCCUUCCAGCAUCAAUUCGGAAAAAUGAUAUGUGUCCUUUGGAUACAGGAUGUUCUCCUUCGGAAAGUUUAUUUGCCUCCAUUAGUAUCUUACUAUGGGGAAAUGUCUACAAGAGGCAGUUUCUUAAACUUGCUGUUGUUUGCUCUGAAAUCAGACACUGUCCGGAUAAAAAAAAUCUAAUAUGGAAGGCAAUAAAUUCAACAUCCACAAAAGAUACUGAAGAUAUGUGGAAGAUGCAUUUGAAAAACCUUGCUUCUAUCACGCAGCACAAUAUCAUUGUCUAUACCAACAGUGGGUCAGAAAUAUAUUCCAGUGAGGAAAGACAGGUCUUUUCUCAUCAUUUCCCAUUACUGUUGAUAACACUGAAAGGAGCUUCCAGCAUGUCAUAUUUGCCAUUGGUUGAAAGUUUUUUUGUUGGUAGAGGACGUAGAUUUUAUGAGAAAUGUGGAGCCACUGCAUUUGGGGUGUGCCAGGGAGAUUUUGGGGAAAAAAUAUCUUGCACUCUCUGUGGCCAAAACUAUCAUAGGCAUUGCAUUGAAAUAGAUGAUGAGCCUGCAUACUGUGGAUGCCAUAUUCAAAUGCCAUUCAAGCUUAAAGAUCUAUCAUUUUAUCAGAGUGACAAGGAUGUUCAUAAAGUCCUAAAGAAAAUAGACAUACAGGAACUGAUCAGGUCAAUAGAAAGUGGGGAAAAGCUAUCAUUUAGAAUGGAGAUAACCAAAGGCAAACACUCUCGGAGGAAACAGUGGCUUAUAGAAAAAAAUAAAAGUAUCAUGGCCUUGUCAGAAAAGAUGAUUGAUUUCCUUACCAGCAAGGUAAAGAAAACUGCACACUGCUGUGGGAGAUAUGUAAAUUAUGCACUUGACAUUUACAUUCCAGAGAUUUUGAUAAAAGUUAUUCAAAACCAGGAAACAGUUAAUAGAUUCCAAGCUGAAUUAAUCAUGGAUGAAUUACCAAUAUCUGUCCCAGAUGUGCAAUGAGAACAGAAGCAGUAAUGGCAGUAGUGUCUAAUAUAUGUCAGUAUAAAAGAUUGAUGACAUAAUUGAAACUAUACAUAUCUGUACAUGAUGUAUAAUGAAAUAGUAUUUGAUGUUGGAAGGUAACUAUGUCUAUAUACGUGUUAACCUACCUGUACCUGAUGUGAAAUGAGAGAGUAUUUGAUGAAGGUAUAUGCCAAUGUGUAUAAAAGUGUUAACCUACCUGUACCUGAUGUGAAAUGAGAGAGUAUUUGAUGUAGGUAUAUGCCAAUGUCUGUAUAAGUGUUAACCUACCUGUACCUGAUGUGAAAUGAGAGAGUAUUUGAUGAAGCUCUAUGCCAAUGUCUGUAUAAGUGUUAACCUACCUGUACCUGAUGUGAAAUGAGAGAGUAUUUGAUGAAGCUCUAUGCCAAUGUCUGUAUAAGUGUUAACCUACCUGUACCUGAUGUGAAAUGAGAGAGUAUUUGAUGUAG